AAAUAUUGUACGAUAUACAUCGAGAUCAAUUUAAAUAAGCAAUUUCUUGAUAUUUGUAAAGAAUUUUGAAAAUAUAUGACUGAAAUAUUAUCAAUGUGAGGAUUACAUAAUCGUUUGAAGCAAAACACAUCGAAAAAAUGCUAAAUUUUCAAAGAGUUCAAAAGCUACAUGCACCGUUCAAACGUUAUGCAUUUCAUUUCGAGCCAAAUAUUAACAAUCGAAUUAAUAAUGUUCGUAACAUAGUUAACAGUGUAACAAAUUUUACACUACCACCGGACAGUAUAAUGAACGUUUUCGACAGAAAUACAAAAAUUCUUCAAAGAGAACGCGCUGCACAAGCUUCUGAUACAAAACUGUACGACUACAUUAAAGAUGAAGUAGGUUACAGACUAUCUGAUAGAAUAUUUGAUAUAAAGAGAAAAUUUAAUAAAGUGCUAAACUUAGGAUGUGCUCAUGGUCAUGUAUCGAAACAUAUUUUGGCAGAAUACGUAGAAGAGUUAAUCCUGACCGAUAGUUGUCCCAACAUUUUAAACAAAGCUGAAACUAUAGAAGGAAUUAAAGUAACCCGAAUACCUAUGGACGAAGAAAAUUUUUCAUUCGAACCAAACAGUUUAGAUUUAGUGAUCAGUUCGUUGAAUCUUCACUGGGUGAACGACUUACCGGGUUGUUUUAGAAAUAUCAACAACAGUUUAAAAAAUGAUGGGGUCUUCAUGGCAGCUAUAUUUGGUGGAGAUACGCUAUACGAAUUAAGGGGUUCCUUACAAUUAGCAGAAAUGGAGAGAGACGGUGGAAUUUCAGCACAUAUUUCACCAUUCGCACAAAUUAGGGAUGUUGGAUCAUUGUUAACAAGGGCUAAUUUUACAAUGUUAACAAUUGAUACAGAUGAAAUAGUUAUUGGUUACCCAAGCAUGUUCGAGUUGAUGUGGGAUUUAAAAGGGAUGGCUGAAAAUAAUGCAAUACGAAAUCGUAAGUUACGAUUAAAUAAAGAUACUAUGCUCGCAGCUGCUGUUAUAUAUAACAAGCUUUAUGGGAAAACGAAAGAAGAUGGUACACCAUUCGUACCUGCAACAUUUCAAAUAAUUUAUCUAUUAGGUUGGAAGCCAGAUCCGUCGCAACCAAAACCUUUAGAAAGGGGUACUGGACAAGUAUCGCUUAAAGAUCUACACAAAUUAGAUGAGAUUAUAAAAGAAACUAAGAAAGUUAAACUAGAUGAAGAUAAGUAA